GUAAGCUGUUGAGUAGAAACUUCCAACAGAAAUAUGAACCAAAAUGAACGACUCGGGAGGUGAUUAGAGGCAGCUUCCUAGUUGGGUGACUAAAUUAUUUUGUCGAGUAGCUUUUUGCUGUGUGGCAUUUCAGAAUGAUGUACUAAUGGGAACUCGUUAUCAGAAAGGAAUGAAGAAGUAAAAGCUUUUUUUGUACUGGACUCAAUAAUGUCAAGAGUGUGAUAGUUGAACAGAUACUAGAUUGUCAAGGCACAAAAAUGGCUUUCCAGCGAUCUCGUAACAACAGUACAGAAACCACUGUACCUCAUAAAAGGAUAGAGGAUGAGUCUGUUAUCAAGCUGAUCUAUCAGUUUGGACGCAAUCUGGGGAAAGGCAGCUUUGGUGUUGUUGUCCAGGCAACACACAUCUCCACAGAUACAACAUGGGCCAUCAAGAAACUGAACAAGGAAAAGGCUGGGAGCCAUGCUGUGAAAAUGCUGGAGAGGGAGAUUGCCAUCUUGAAGAUGGUGAACCAUGAACAUAUCAUUAAACUAGAAGAGGUUUAUGAAACAACAAAGAAAGUCUAUCUUGUCAUUGAAUUCUGUGAGCUUGGGGAGCUGAAGGGCAUUCUGGAAGAGAAAGGCCAUCUGAGUGAGUCUGAAACAAAACAUAUCAUAUCCAGCUUGGCCAGCGCUAUCUUUUACCUCCACAAGAACGAUAUUAUUCACAGAGAUCUGAAGCUGGAAAACAUCCUGGUAAAAAGUAAUAAUAAUGCAGAUGAUGAAGAACUAAAACUUAAUAUCAAAGUGACGGACUUUGGCUUGUCUGUAUUAAAGGAUGGUGCUGGUGUUGGCAGUGAAUCGAUGUUACAGGACACAUGUGGUACACCUUUAUACAUGGCCCCAGAGAUAAUCAAUAACUAUGACUACAGCCAGCAGUGCGACCUCUGGAGCAUUGGAAUCAUUAUGUAUAUCUUGCUAUGUGGUCAAGCUCCUUUUACAGCUACAACUUCAGAAAAAUUGUAUGAGGAAAUCACAAAAGGGGAGCUAGAUUUUUCUCAUUCAUCUCUGAAGUCUAUUAGUGAGAGCGCUCGCUCAGUAUUGAAAGGCCUUCUGUUAGUGGAUCCAGCUCACAGAAUGACAGCCAGUGAAUUGCUAAAUCACCAUUGGAUAACUGGGGAUGCCAGUAAGAGCAAACGACCCAAAAAUGUGUUGGAAAUGAUGAAACAGUGGAAACUAGAUAACCAUAGCGACAAUGAGGAGGAAGUGGUAAAAGAGAACGGGGUGAAUGAGGAUAAUGACCUUGCCCAAUCAGAAACAGACAUGAAGACUGACCUCAACUUCAGCAAAGCGCUUUCACGUACUACAAAGCCAACAGGUGCAGGUGCGAGACAAAAACGCCAUUCGAUUGACAUCGCACCAUUGCCGGCUACUUUCGCAUCAAAACAUCAUCUGGUGUUCAAUAGAAAAGGCCGACGGAUGUCCGAAUCGGCAAUGAAUCCAGGAAUAUUUAACAAAGUAGCCACUCAGACUUCUCUGCUGAAAAGAUAACUCUUCAUUGAGGAAGCCCAUUAUCAGUAGCUGCAAUAGGUCGAAACCCUAUUGAUCUCCCCAGUUGCCAGCUUACAACCAGCUCUUCAAGUGUGAAACCUGCUUCAAGCUCAGCAUGAGGCCACCUUGCAACCGAGAGAAAUAAUUAUUCUC